AGGCCCACUCAGCACACGCGUCCUCAACAAAUUAUUCAAUUCAAUUCAGAGCUCAAACGCUAAUCCUCUCUUUCCCUCUCCCAUUUCGUAGGGUUUCCCUCCAUCUCUUCCUUUUCCUCGCCGGAAUAUUCUUCUCGGAAACCCUAUUCUCCGCCGUUGACUCCACUUUUUUAUUUAAUUUCAUUUUGUUUUGGCUCCAAUUUUUAACAGCAAAGCCUUCUUUGUCAUUAUUUGACCGUUGAAAACUAUCCAUUACGUGAUUACACGAUUUUUGGUUGUUCAAUUUUGAAAUCUUAAAUUCAAAGUUAUUUGUGGAUAAUUUUGAUUGCUGUUGAGUUCAGAUGCCGACGAGUCAAGGAGGAGGAUCAUCGUCGAGGAGAAGCAUGUCGUUGACGAGCUCUUCGUCUCUCGUUAAGAAGAAAGCAGCCACCGAAAAUGGAGGAGCGCAACCUGAUUCCGCUCACCGGAAGUCCAUUUCUUCAUCUCGUAACAUGGGACUGACUGGAGAGCGCACAGUGAAGAGACUGCGGCUAUCAAAAGCCCUAACAGUACCUGAUACUACAAGUAUUUAUGAAGCUUGCCGCAAGAUGGCUGCUCGCCGAGUUGAUGCUUUAUUGUUGACUGAUUCAAAUGCAUUACUAUGUGGUAUCCUGACGGAUAAGGAUAUAGCAACAAGGGUUAUUGCUCAAGAAGUUAAUAUACAGGAAACACCUGUUUCAAAGAUUAUGACGAAAAAUCCUGUUUUUGUGCUUUCUGACACACUUGCUGUGGAGGCUUUGCAGAAAAUGGUGCUAGGAAAAUUUAGACAUUUGCCAGUUGUAGAAAAUGGAGAGGUCGUUGCUUUGCUUGAUAUAGCAAAAUGCCUUUAUGAUGCAAUUGCUCGCCUCGAAAGGGCAGCUGAGAAAGGAAAGGCCAUUGCAGCUGCUGUUGAGGGAGUUGAAAAACACUGGGGGACAUCUGGUUCUGCAAGUUCUAAUACAUUUAUAGAAACACUUCGGGAGCAAAUGUUCAGGCCUUCACUGUCUACCAUCAUUUCUGAAAAUUCAAAGAUUGUUACAGUUGAACCAAGUGAUACUGUGUUAGCCACAGCAAAAAAAAUGCUCGAAUGUCGAACAAGCUCUGCAAUUGUAACAGUUGACAACAAACCACGAGGGAUUUUAACUUCAAAGGACUUAUUGAUGCGAGUCAUGGCACAAGAUCUUUCCCCUGAGUCCACUCUCGUAGAGAAGGUAAUGACGCCCAAUCCAGAAUGUGCUUCAAUAGAUAUGCCAAUUGUUGAUGCUUUACAUACAAUGCAUGAUGGGAAAUUUUUGCACCUUCCUGUAGUUGAUAAAGAGGGAAUUGUUGUUGCUGUUCUUGAUGUGCUUCAUAUCACUCAUGCAGCUGUAGCCACGGUGGGAAAUACUGCUGGAAUAAAUAAUGAAGCUGCAAACUCUAUGAUGCAAAGAUUUUGGGAUUCAGCUAUGGCAUUGACUCCGGAUGAUGAUGAAGAGACGCGGAGUGACAGUUCCUUGAAAUUGGCUUCUGAAGGGGCAGAAACAGGAAGAUCUAUUCCCUAUCCUUCAUCGAGCCAGCCAAAUAGUUUUUCAUUCAAGAUUGAAGACAAAAAGGGAAGAAUGCACAGAUUCAAUUGUGAUAUUCGGAACAUGACAGAUCUUAUAGCUGCAAUCAUUCAGAGAGUGGGGGAUGACAUUGACCGGGACAAUCUUCCUCAGAUUCUGUAUGAAGAUGAAGAUCAUGACAAGGUUGUAUUAGCAUCAGAUAGUGAUCUUACAGCAGCUGUUGACCAUGCAAGAUCUGCAGGUUGGAAGGGGCUGAAAUUGCAUUUAGACUAUUCAGGAAUAACUGGCCAUCGAAGGGGUUCAAGCUCCAGUAGUUUGGAUUAUGCUCAUACAGAAUCUGCUUGGGCUUCAGCCUACAGCACUGUAGCAGCCGGUGCUGCAUUAGUUGCAGGUUUAGGCGUACUAGCAUUCUUAAGGAGAUCUGGUAACUGAUUAUUUGAAAGAAGUUUACCACUUGAUAGACUGAGGAAUGGUAGUAGCACAUCGAUUCAUGUGAGCUCAAUCAGUCAAUUUGAUUUGAAUGGAUGUUGGUGCUAUGGUUGGAUGGUUGCUCUAUACGGGAAUCGUUUUACUUUUACCUUUUGCCUGGCAUCCAGAUUUGCAGGUUUUGCUGUAUACUUUAUACUGAUGUAAAUUACGCCCUAGAACUCCCUUACCUUGAAGUUGUCUUCAAUAAUGAACUGGCAAAAGGAAUGCAAUUUAUUGUGCCAAGAAUGUCAGGAAUUAAAAUGUGGGCUGCGAUACUUUCAGAAAUAAAAGAGAAAGGAAGAAGAAA